AAAGCAGGAAAUGUAAAAAUCAGUCGAUUCUUCUUCGCAAAGAAAAGCAAACCCAGUAGCACAAAAAAGAGCAACGAAACAUCAAAUAUUCUCUCGAAAUAAAGUAUUGCAGAAGUGUUGGAGAGAUAAGACCAUCAAAUACGCAGACAAAGAAAAUACAAAUACAAAAGAAAAACAAUUGUGUUAUAUUUGUUUUUGGAAUAUUGCCCUAGAAAUCAACACACAAAAAACGCAACGUAAAACAAAUAAAUAUUAUUCAUCACAUUGCUAGUGUUAAAUUCAAAAUGCAAAGCGCUGAUGUAGAAGCCUUGAACGCAGUAGGCAAGGAAUUGGAUCGUGUUAUAUAUAAAUUGAAAGAUAUACGUGAAAAUGCUGCAGCCGAAAUCGCUGAUGUCGCUACACUGUUGGAAGAGUUGAUGAAAGUGCUAAACAAGGCAGAACAAGAAAUGUCUGGCACAAUAAAUACAAGUACCCAAGUAGAUGCACCCUCCGAUGUAGAUGAUCCAAUGGCCGAUGAAGCUGAUAUGCAAGUUGAAAUGGAACCCGCAAAACCACGACUUAAUGACUGUCAAGUCAAACAUGUGCUGGAUACACUACAGAAAGCUAACGAAAAGUUGCAACGAAUAUCAGCAGAGCAUCGUGAUUUACACGGCGCCGUCUCCAAAGUAGGCAAAGUAAUUGAUCGCAAUUUCGUAUCGGACUUCACUGCUACCACGCGUGUUGAUGCGCUACAAGAUGAAGAGAAUCUGAUGUUGUUAAAUAAAGUAAUGGCGAAGCAUUACUGCCGCCAAGGCAUGGACGAUGUAGCACGUUUGUUAAUAAAGGAAUCGGGCAUGCCCGAAGAGAUGGCACAAGAAGUGUUUGAUUCAGAGAGUAGCUUUGCUGAGAUUUAUCGCAUUUGGAAAGGUAUACAACAACAGGAGUUGGGACCGGCAUUAGAGUGGGCAACUCGCUAUUCCGAGGAAUUAAUUGCCAAAAAUUCAACACUCGAAUUCAAAUUACACCGUUUAGCAUUUCUGCAAAUAAUGUCGCGUGGCAUUAGCGCACAAGCCGAGGCGAUUGCCUAUGCACGCAAGAAUUUCGGCAAAUUUAUCGAUCGUUUUGAACACGAAAUACCAAACUUAAUGGGUUGCUUCAUAUACUUGCCCAUGGGCAUAGAUAAUUCGCCGUAUAAACAUUUGAUCUCGCCACAAGUGUGGAUGGAGGCAUCAUAUGUCUUCAUGAAGGAUGCUUGUCACACUUUGGGUAUUAGCAAAAAUUCGGCUUUAUCAGUAGUUAUUAAUGCGGGUUGUACAGCGUUGCCGGCAUUGCUUAAUAUUAAGCAGGUUAUGCAGUCACGUCAAGUUUUAAGCAUUUGGAAUGCGCGCGAUGAGUUGCCAAUCGAAAUUGAUCUUGAUCCCGAGUACCGUUACCACUCAAUUUUCGCUUGUCCCAUAUUACGUCAGCAGACCACGGAGGAUAAUCCGCCGAAGAAAUUAACUUGCGGUCAUGUUAUCUCCAAUGACGCAUUGCAUAAGCUUAGUAAUGGUCACAUACUCAAAUGUCCCUACUGCCCCGUUGAACAGAAUGCCGAUGAUGCUGUACGAAUCUACUUUUAAAAAUACGCGUUUAAUUACACAUUUUACACAAAUUCACUUGUUUUCGCCCGAAAUCAUUAAUUAAAAUCAUUAUAUUUAGCGUUAAAUCAUUAUACGAAAAUGUGUUUGUGUGUGUAGUUAUAGUAGAAAUGUAAAAUAAGUAACAGAGCACUGUUGCAAAUCGCUUGCGAAGGCAGAAUACAUGAAAUUUAGUUAUUUAAGUGAUCGUAACUACGGUAUUUUCAUGAAGUAAAAAAUUAUACUUUUUUGAGAUUAAAAAAACUUGAAAACCCA